AUGUCGGAGGAACGCGUAAAAACGUCCGAAUCGACCAAGGAAUCGACCGAGUUGGCCGAAAGUCCGAAAUUAUGCUCGUUCAGUAUCGAGAGCCUUUUAGCGCCGAGCAAGAAAAACGCGGACGACGAGGGGCGCUUACCCGCUCUGACCGAGGUCUAUUUACAAGCCCACGAAUCGAACGAUUCUGAGGGACGGAAGCUGGUAGCGCCAGAUUCCUCAAUGUCCGUGGCAGAGGAAGCCGAGUUCGACGAUUCUGAUAUGGUUUGUUCCACCUCUCCUGAACCGGAAAUGUGCUACGAAGCGUGCACCAGCAGUAGCGGUGCCAACUCCUCGACAGGUGCGGACAGGGACGUUCAAGAAAAAAGCACCGGCACGAUUAGCGACGACGAAAGGAAGAAGAGGCCCCGCACGGCGUUCACCGCCGCGCAAAUUAAGUCGUUGGAGGCGGAAUUUGAGAGGAACAAAUACCUGAGCGUGGCAAAGAGAUUGCAGCUCAGCAAAAAUCUCAAACUGACCGAAACUCAGAUUAAGAUUUGGUUUCAAAACAGACGAACUAAGUGGAAAAGAAAAUACACGAACGAUGUUGAGUUACUGGCGCAACAAUAUUAUUCCAGUUUGGGGAUUCCCACGCCGCGACCAAUUUUUGUCGGUGACCGUUUAUGGUUCUUUAACUAUCCAGGACAACCACAACCCACGACACCGAUCUUUCCGCAGCAUUUAACAACAGUGCCUUUACCACCUGCUUUGCCCAUUGUACAGCCAUUGCCAAGUAACCUUUCGAUGGGACAACAAACAUCGAUUUUUCAAAAUAUACCUACGAACAACCCCACGUAUCACUUGAGUCAAAGGUUGGAUUUCAGGCAUCAAGACUCGUAA